AUGGGGAGGAUCUGUCAAGUAAGUGCGAGACCACGACAAAUGCCCUCAGGCCACGUAAUUGGGGAAGGGGACGACAGUUGCUUACUCGUUAAAUCACUGUCAUUCCUCAAGCCACAUGCCUAACAUAAGGCCGUAACGUCAUGUUAUGACUCUGGGAUCGUCUCUUGAUCCCUUUUAUAUCGUUGAGAGAUGAAUUUAAGACAUCAUACUACACUUGACCGCAGUAAUGAAGAUGUUCCAGAUAGUGUUUGGAGUGGUGUGUGUUCUGAAUCUGAUGAUAUGGGCACUGAUCCUCUGGCUGUUAGGACGGACAGUAAUCUCCGGAGCUGAUAUUCCUUGCCCGAUCCUGACCGCGCUUUCUCUUUUCCUCCUCUCCUUCUUCUUCGCCAGUAUCUUCUUCCAAUUGUUCAUGAGGAAGAAAGUUCACGCCCUAUUGGUGUUGACAUUGGUCGCUGUGGUUGUCCAGUUUAUCACCGUCCUCGUAUUAUCUUUCUGUUUGUUCUCAGAUGAUCGGAAAGUGAACCACUUGGAAGAGAAUGCGCUAACCUAUGUUCAAGGUGGGUGGAAAAUGAUAUAAUAAUUUAACAUUCAAAUUUGUAGGCCACAGAUGGAUCCCGUUGACGUUGGCCUUUGUGUUUGUCCCCAUCUUCCUGAUUCAAAUUUUAUAUUUAAAUCAGCAAGUACAGCAACUCCAAUCAAUGGCCAGUCUCGAGCAGACGGGAGGAUACAAACGCAAAGCAACGCCGUAUCAUGGAAAGAACGACUAUGUUUCGUAAGUUUAAUAUAAGAGCACCCGCUUUUGCGAAUGUGUAACUUUGUACAAUCGUUUUAAAUAUACCGGGUGGGCCACUCGAAACUACCAACCUAAUUUCAGGUGUUUCUCCACCAAUAAUGCUCCAAUUUCUAUAAAAUUUAUAUCAAAUUGAAGCUGAGACACCCAUUUCUUGUUCACCAAGUAUGAUAUGUAUACGUUCACGGAGGCACCCGUACUGACCUUUGACGUUUUCAUUCCAAAUUUUGGACCCCGAAACCGGUUAGAAAAUUUUUGCAAUGAUCUUCAAUUGAGUUUCUCGGACUUGGAAAAUUUUCGAAUCUUUGUCUAAACGAGAAUUAUAAGAGUAUAAGUAGCAGAAAAAAAGUGUCCAAAGUCAACGGAAUAUUAGUAAUUAUUCUUCAAGGGUUUUCUGGGGUAACAGGCUUAAUUAACCGAAAUGUUUAAAAAUGCGAACUGUCUACAUGCAUGAAGACAUCCUUCCCGAAGAUGCAUAGCAAGUUUUAAGGACUAGUUUGCCCGAGAAAAAAGCUUUCAUUCUCAUGCGCCCGACUUGGAACCUCGCCUAAUUGAAAUAUGCUUUUAACGCACUUGGUACGGACGUAAACAUUAAUUUAAAGUUUUUUCAGCGAAUUUGACGACUCUUUCCUAGCCAGAAAUCGAAAAUUUUCGAAGUCCGAGAAAUUCAAUUGAAAAUCAUUGCAAACAUUUUCUAAGUUUCACCGAUUUCGGGAUCCAAAAUCCAGAAUGAAAAUGUCAAAGGUCGGUGUGGGUGCCUUCGUGAACGUAGACACAUCAUACUUGGUGGACAAGAAAUGGGGUGUCCAACUUCAAGUUGAUAUCAAUUUUAUAUAAAUUGGUGCAUUAUUGGCGGGGAAAUAUCUGAAAUAAAGUUGGUGGUUUCGAGCGGCCCACCCUGUAGUAUACUUUUAUAUAACCAAAAUUUCAUGCAUCGGAUAACUGUUUUUUACAGAUCCGUAGUGGUCGGAUAA